AAAAAAAAACUGUUUUCUUGGACACUGCAACGGACAAAGCUCUGCUACUUGAAUCAACAGUGAAUAAAUUAUUGCGAGCUGAAGAGUUUUGCUUGCUCUCACCUUGCUCUUUCCUCUGUUUUCAGACGGUUCUAUUUCCUCUCCAGGAUUUAGAAGUUGUUGGGGAAGCAUACUCUGUAUAGGGAGGAGAUGGAAUGCGAGAACGAAGCAUGUGGUGGGUGCAAGAAGGACUGCAUGUUGAUUCAUGGAAAGGAGGUUCUUUCUUUCUUUAAAGUAAUGAUUGACAAACGUUUCUUACAAGUUCUGUUUUUUCCCCCAAAAUUUGCUCGAUCAGUUUCACACCUGACGGAUCAGGAAACUUAUCUGGAGGACUCAAGUGGACAGAGAUGGAGGGUAACAGUGUGUAACCAUAAGGGUUCACUUUCUAUCCGUCAGGGAUGGCCUAAAUUUUCAUCAGACCAUGGUUUGGACGUGGGCGACUUCUUGGUUUUCCACUAUGUUCCGGGUCAGCACUUCAUUGUAAAAAUAUUUGGAACAAGUGGUUGUGAAAAGAAGCCCUGCAGUGAUAUUGGCAACGGAAGAAAAAGAGCAAGGACUUACCCUGAAGCAACUACCCCAGCUGAGCUGUUUCAAACAACUGAUAUAAAUUCAGUUAAGAAAAAGAGUAAAACAUCCGCUGAAUCAGAGUCUGAAAAGGUAGCAUACGAGACAAAUACUGCCAACUUUAGAACAUCUGCUGAAUCAGAGUCUGAAAAGGUCACAUACAAGACAAAUACUGCCAACUUUAAAACAUCUGCUGAAUCAGAGUCUGAAAAGGUCACAUACAAGCCAAAUAUAGCCAACUUUGCAACAAACAUUGAUUCUGACAUUGGGAAGGGACAAUCAGUAUAUUCAGCUAUAGAUGUGGAUGAAUCAUGUUGUAUGAUUGAUAGAAAUGCUCAGUAUGAUCAAGAAGAUGACAGGUUGUGCUUGCAUCUGUCAAGUUUUGAAAUGCCAGCAAGCAAACCUCUUACAGAAGGAACUAGCAGUCCUUUUAAAGGUGACAUUGGAAAGGAUAAUCAGGUUGAAGCCAAUUUUAGAUCUCAAACAGAACCAAAUUUAAAUGUUGAGAUCGACAACUUGAAUUCAAAAGCACCGUCGUCAAAGCUUGAGGCUGGAAUCAGGGCAACCAAUAUGGUUAGUAGUCCAGCAAAGGAUAUUCCACUGCGGGAUCCAAAAUAUAAGAAAUCCAAUGAAGCAUCUCAGUUUGCUAGGGAAGCAAGACUAGUGAAGAAAGAAUUCGAGGAGAUAACAACAGAAGCAUUUUCUCCUGCUAGAGCAAUACAUGGAGGAGAGUAUGCAAAUGGUAAUGAAAAAGUCAUCAAAAGUGAGCCUGCUGAUUCAGGAGACGCACCAUCCCUUAAUGCAGUAAACUAUUCAUGUUUGGUGGAGAUCGAUGGCCGAGAUUUUCUGGAAUUACCAGAAUCCUGGCGAAAAUAUUUACUGCAAAAGGCAAAGCUAGGAAGGAUGAUUAUUUAUCUCCGAGGACCAGAUAAAAGAAUCUGGCCUACCCUUUAUUAUAGCAGAUCAGGUUUUAAUGUUUUGACAUGUGGUUGGAAACAAGUUACUGCAACUUAUGGCCUGAAUCCAGGAGAUGAAUGCGUUUUUCAACUUGUAAAUCAGCGGGGAUGCAUAUUUGAUGUACGCAAAAUCUGAAAGUCGAAAAGUAAGAUGCCAAAGAACUACUUGGAGCUGUUUACUUUAUAUGGAGUUACAAGAGGAAUGACAAAGGAGCUAUGCCAGUUUCUCAUAAAUUGUUUUUGAACUACAUUUAGUUGUUGCCUGGCUGGGUCA